AUUUCUAUUCCAGAUGUGUUAACUGCUCACUUCAGGUUCAGACCUGCUGUAAAAGCGACCUGACACCAGAUGAGGAGUGUUUCAGACUUGUGGGAGGAUGAAAAGUGGAGCUGCUGCUCAGAGCAGCCAGCAGGAGUGCAGGAGGGACUGAGCAGUAGGAGUCAGACACCGGCCGGUCUGUGGACACUGAGACACACUGAGAGACAGACACACGGAUAAGACGCAGAGCUGCAGGGAGGACGAGGCUUUACCUUCGUGGAUAAACUUUUGGUGCAGCUGCUGAGCCAGUGAAGGCAUCAUGGUUGUGUCUGUGCGGAGCUGGGUCGCCAACGAGGGAGGAAAGCAUCUGGUCCUGAUGCUGUGGCUGGGAGCAAACACCUGGCUCUUCCUGAAGACCUUCCUGCUGUACUCCACUGGACAGCAGUAUCACUACCUCUACAAGAUGCUCGGGCUAGGGCUGUGCAUCAGCAGGGCGUCUGCGUCUGUGCUGAACCUGAACUGCAGCUUGGUGCUGUUGCCUAUGUGUCGCUCCCUGCUCACCUUUGUCCGAGGAACACACACGGUAUCGAGCAGAGAGACUCGCAGACUGCUGGACAAGAGCAAGACCUUUCAUGUGGCAUGUGGAGUUUCCAUCUGCAUCUUCUCUGUUGUACACGUGUCUGCCCAUCUGGUGAAUGUGGUCAACUUCAGUGUGAGCUACUCGGACGACUUUCCUGCUCUCAAUUUGGCUCGCUACAGAGGAGAGGAUCCCAAGCUGAUCAUUUUGACCACAAUCCCAGGAAUCACGGGCGUCCUCUUGGCUCUCAUCCUCUUCCUGAUGUUCACAUCUUCCUCAUACUGCGUACGGUUGUCCAAAUAUGAGAUCUUCUGGUACACACACAACCUGUUCAUCAUUUUCUACAUCAUCCUCAUGGUGCACAUGGUCGGAGGAGCUCUGAAGUAUCAGACCAACAUCGAGGCCCACCCUCCUGGCUGCCUCGGGGCCAAUCAGAGCAGCACAGAGCAGCAGGGCGAGGAGCUGGAGCAGGGUGUGGAUGAAGAGAGGAGAUGCGGAGAGGAGGCUCACUUCCAGCCACACUACCCCCAGACAUGGCUCUGGGUGUCCGGUCCUCUCUGUCUUUACUGCGCCGAGCGACUCUACCGUUACAUCCGGAGUAGCGACCCUGUUACCAUAGUGACAGUCAUCAGGCACCCCUGUGAUGUUAUCGAGUUGCGCAUGCUGAAGAAGAACUUCAAAGCUCGUCCUGGACAGUAUAUUGCUCUUAACUGUCCAGGUGUCUCUUCAUUCGAGAACCAUCCCUUCACGCUCACAACGUGUCCCACAGAGAAGAAGGAAACUUUUGGCAUCCAUCUUCGAGUCGUGGGAGACUGGACUGAGCGGUUCACACAGCUGUUACUUCCUGAACCAAGAACGGACUUGGAGAUCCUUCCCACGGUGCAACAGAGGAGAUACCCCAAGCUUUACGUGGAUGGUCCCUUUGGAAGUCCAUCAGAGGAAGUGUUCAACUACGACGUCAGUGUUUGUGUCGCGGGUGGAAUAGGAGUCACGCCGUUCGCCUGCGUGCUGCAUGCUCUACUUGACGGCUGGACGGGUUGCAGGUUGCAGAGGUUAUACUUUGUGUGGGUCUGCAGGGAGCUCCACUCUUUCUACUGGUUUGCAGAGCUGCUGUGUGCCCUUCAUCACAAGCUUUGGCAGGAAAACAGACCGGACUACUUUAAUCUGAAACUGUAUGUCAGUCAGACAGACAGCCUGCAGAGCAUGUCUGAGGAGAAGUACCGCCCGCUCACCUCGAGACUACUGGUUGGUCGACCCAAGUGGAAGUUACUGUUCGAUGAGAUUGGGAAGACCAAUAAGCAUAAGCGAGUCGGGGUUUUCUGCUGUGGACCGAAGGGCAUCUCCAGGACUCUUCAUAGACUGUGUAACUCAUCCCGAUCCUCUGGAACAACCUUUGAAUUCAACAAGGAGUCCUUCAGCUGAUCGGAAAGCCGAACUGGUCCUACACUUCAGCCUCACUGAAAACAACAGCAACUUUGCCAUUUGACAUAUGAAUAUCCACAGACUAUAUUAUUAUUUCAUAUGCAUCCCUGCCCAUGGUCACAAAAGGCCCAGCAGGACAAGACGUUAACAUGCAGCAUGAGGACUGUUCCUCUCUACCGACCAGCCCGACCCCCGACUGACUGCUCUAAAAGCUUCAGCAUCUGAUCCGAUCAACCUCCGAGGAAAAGUGAAGAGAGCAGCUCACUGCUGUUCGAAUUCUCCACUCAUGAUGCUCUGUGUUUGUAAAGUUGCGGUUGGAUUUCGUCUUUUCCCUGACACACCCCUCUGUGGACUAAAUACGCUUUCUCAUGCUGAAGACCUGCAAUUCCACGACGACAAACACAUGAGAAUGAUUUUAAAGGAGAGGGAAUUCAUCUUUCAGGUCAUCGGGGCUGAAACAUCACACAGGGACCAGACAAGAAACAGUUGACUUAAAUAACCAGAGAGGUGGAACCACAUGGGCAAAUCAGUUGUGGUAACCAAUAGAGAGGUGAAAUCUCGCCCCUUCCGGUGUCCCCCAAUGGACCUUAUUUUGUAUACAAUAGUCAACGGCGAGAGACAAAUAUUUUUUUUGAUCCCGUUUGAAUUGCGCCAUGAAUCACACAUAUGUUUGUCAAUUCAAAACAUAAUUUCGCAAGUCAAGAAAGUCUC